ACCUCGAAACUACUCGAAGGAGACAGUGAAUGAGGCAAAAGUGAGGUUACAUUCAAAAUAUAAUGUUCCAAAGAUUGCAUAAUUUUUUCCAUUAAAUUGAUAAUAUCUGUUAUUAAAAGUUAAUUAUCGUAUUUCAAAUCGAAAUCAUCGGGUUAUUAGUACAUAAUAUGUUAUAAUAAUAUCAUUUACUGCAAACAAAUUAUCUAUCGGUGAAAAUCGGCUAUUGCAAUAUCGUUAUUGUUUCCAUGUUAUUGAGAAUAUAAGAAAUGUGGCGGCCGUGGUUUACUGUAUUGCGGCAACUUGUCGUUCCUUCGCCUAAAAUCAGCGGACAGCUAUCACGAGUAUUGUUUUCAACGCGAAGCCGGCCAAGGUCGACCGCAAAGUUGACUGUGGUCAGUGCCAGCAUUGGAGUGCUCAUCGGGGCGGGCUACGGCGGCUAUACUCAUUAUAGAGUAAAUGUUAGAAAAACCUCUGCCAAAGAACAAAACGAGGAGUAUGCUUUUUUGAAGGAAGCCCCGGAAUACAAGCCACAAUAUCGGAUAUUGAACGAUGCGGACACUAGCAACUUGCAACUAGUUCUGUUCCAAUAUCGCACAUGCCCGUUCUGCUGCAAAGUCCGCGCUUACCUCGACGCGCGCGGCGUGAGCUAUGAGAUCGUUGAGGUAGACGCUGUCCUGCGUCAGGCCAUCAAGUGGUCGGGGUACAAGAAAGUGCCCAUCUUGCUUGCCAAAGUCGAUGGAGGAUAUCAGCAACUUCUAGACAGCACGGCGAUUGUUUCGGUUCUCGAAACGUACUUACAAGACAAGAGCAAUCAACUAAGGGAUAUUAUAAAGUUUUAUCCAAUUACAAAGUAUGUAAACGAUUCGGGAAAGGAGUGCACCGAAAUUGCGAACAAAUAUUUUAUUAUGCAUAAUGCUGUGGCGCAGAGUGAAAAAGAAAAAACUAUGGAGACUGAGGAGCGCAAGUGGCGACAGUGGGCGGACAGCGUGCUCGUCCACACGUUGUCGCCCAACGUGUACAGAACCCCGGGCGAGGCCUUGGAGACGUUCAAGUGGUUCGAGGAGGCCGGCGGGUGGCGGCAGGCGUUCCCCACGUGGGAGUGCGCGCUUAUGGUGUACGUCGGCGCCGCCGCCAUGUGGAUCAUCGGGAAAAGACUUAAGAAGAGACACAACAUACAAGACGACGUGCGUCAGUCGCUAUAUGACGCCGCGAAUGAAUGGACAACCGCCGUCGCCGCCAAAGGCACUCCGUUCCUAGGAGGAGAGAAGCCAAACCUCGCUGACAUAACAGUGUAUGGAGUGCUCAGCAGCAUUGAGGGGUGUCAAGCCUUCAAAGACCUGAGGAGCACCAACGCCGCCGUCGCCAAGUGGUACGACGACAUCAAACAAGCAAUACAUAACGGAAUGGGCAAAGUUGUCGCGGUCCACGCGUAAAUAUGGCGUAGUGAUAUUUAUACAUUGUUGUUAUACUGAAUUUCGAUAUGACGUGUCUUUAAUAAGCAACAUUGAACAUUAGGCGUGUUGCACGAUUGUUGUUUGACAAAGUUGGCGGUCCAGUUAAGAUGUUAGAUAACUUAACGUCAUUGUACGUCGUACUGCGUACACCUUAACUUUGCCAAACAUGUGGAAUACGUCUGAAGCUUCAAUUGCUGCCUAUAUUGCCAGGCUGUACUUAAAAAAGAAAAACAAAUUCGUGCUGUUGUUGGUCUAGGAAUGAAGAACUAUUUAUUACGUUUACCAUAAUACAUAUUUGCUUCUUUGUUAUCUCUUUAAUAACCAACAAAUCAUACAUCAGACAAAGAUGGCCGUGGCCGUUUAAAAAAUAGCCAUUGAGUAACUUCAUAUGUGUCUCAACUUUCUAGAACAAUUUUACAGCAUGCAUUUGCGUUUCUGUAAGCAAUACUAGUUUUAGUGGAAAUAUCACGUUCAUAUUUUAUACAACAGUUACAAAUGUUAGUAUGUACAUGGUGUUUUCUUGUUAAAUUCUAUUCGUCGUUGCUUAUACUGAGGGGAGGACCUGAUUAAAGUAUUAAUUCGACAAAGAUUUGGAGAUAGUAGUAAAAAUGCAGUAAAUUGUAUAAUUUAUUAUAAUGGCUAUGUAUAAUAAUAUUUAAAAUUAACAUGUCAAAAAGAAAACAAGAUGUAGCAUUACAAGAAGUCUUCUUUUCAAGAGUCAUUACUUAAGCUAAUUUCAAAUACAAAUAAUUACAAAUAGUGCGCUUUUUUUUUAAACAAAAAAUUGUUCCUAUUGUACGUGAAUGGAUAUAUUUUACAGUUGGACUAUCGGGUAAUGGGCUAUGUUAAUUUGUAUAUUUAACGCUUGUCUAAUUAUAAGUAUGAAAGUCAGAUUUUAGUAAUGAAUGAAUUGGAAGUUCUGGGUUUACGUGUAUAUUAAUGAUGACACAGAUUUUAUGCACCCUGACGUCAUAAGACGUAUUUAGGUGUGUUAAUAAAAUUUAAGGCAUUAAUUUCUACAGUGGUUUGUGCAUCGUUAUGUUUGAAGUUAUUUAGCAAACCAAUGUGCACUGUGGAAUAGUAUUGAGUAAUAGCGUUAAAUAUUCAAUUUAAACAAUAGUCAACUACUCUGCAAUAACGUAUUCUUUGUAAUCAUUAGACAACAUUUAAUGCGCAUCAUGCGGCGUGAUCGUCAACGUUUUGUACACAACGUCUUAUGUCACUUAUAUUAAGGCAGGUUUUCGAUCCCAGCAUCCGAAUUCAUGUUAGUGAUUCAGCUAUAGUAUCAGUGUGAUUGCGUGUUUGUAGUUCGCACUAUGUAAAAGUAUAACUUCUUAUUGGGUAGAAAGGCUAUUGUCAAGAACUGUCACUAGCAAUUUUAAUAUAGCGGUGAUUGAUGCAAUCAUUACUAAUGCGGGUGAUCAGAUAUCUGUACAUUUAACAUGAUUUUUUUUAUUAGAGUAUACGUUUACUUUACGUUUAGGUUCGUUUCGGUAUUUUUUUAUGGAAAUUUAUUUAGUACUAAAAUACGGCGGCAUAAACAUUCUGCGCGUGUAAACUUCGAAGAGUAAUUCCUGUAACCAUGGUAACAGUAAGUCUCUUUAUGACGUAUAGUAUUGUGAAAUAACUAUAGAGAAAUAUGUGAACUUGCUCGAUACGAAUCUUGGCGCAAAUGUUUAUUAUUCAUGGUUGGAGUACUAAUGUUACAUCUCGUCAAGUCACGUUACAUAACGACGUGAUAUCACGUCGCAGUGUCGCAUUCAAUGUUACGAAAUCAAAUGAUGAUAGAAAGAAUUAACAAGCGAUUUGUCUGUAAGUAAGUGAGAAGCCUCGGUUGGCGACGUCAGGGGGCGUCGUGGCUGUUGCCCCUUCGUUGGCGUCCGUCGUCACGAACAACACGAACGGUUUCAAAGCAGCUGCAAACAAUUUCAAAUAUAUUCCUUUUUUAUAGUGUCAGCACGCACCUUAACUUAUUCAUAGGCAAUAUUAUUCAUUGUGUACACCAUAAUUAGACAAAAAACGGGGCAAAAUAUUUAUCUAGGAAAUAUAUUUAUGUAAGUGUUGAUUUUAUCUUAGUGAGAGCUUUUCCUUAUUAAUUGAAGUGUAUGUUUACCGUAUUUUUAAAAGACAUUGCAGAUAAUUAGUCAGUGUGGAUGUGCGAUUAAUUCCGUAAUUGUAAAAUGCAUUUUCUACUAAAUACAUAAAAGGCGUAGAUAAGUUUGUAGAGAUUGUCUGCAUGAUCUUUUGAAAAAUACAGUAAUGUCAAAUUUUAAAUGUAAAUAAACUAUUAAAGUAUUGUUA